UUCAAAAACGCCGCCCCCAAAGAGUUAACGCUUGUGGGUGAGGGGCGUGAGCCUCCAUGGUCCGGCACGAGGAUCAACGGGAAGGUCUGCAGCCUGCUCCAACAACCAGUGCAAGUCUGCAACGCCUGAGGCUUGAGUUGUUAGAUUAGAUGCCUCCGUCCGCCGGAAAUGGAUACUCUCACUCCCUCCCUCUCCCUCUCUCUCUCUCCUUCAACAAACUGCGACCUCUCCCUUCCAAUCUCCACUUCGACAAAUAUCUUCUUCAUCGCUGCAAGAAGCCCAACGGGGAUAGGAAAUGGCGCGUUGCUGUGUAGGGCGGAGUUCUCCCAGGACGCGCCGCUCGCCGUCGCGAUCGGGGCUUGUAUUCUCAAUUCGCUCGUCUUCCCGAUCCCUUCCGGCCCGGACGACGGCGACGACCAGGAGCAAGGCGGCUCUGUGAUCGAUUCGACCGAUGCGAGGUUCGCUGUUAUGGGGAUCAUCAGCUUCAUUCCUUACUUCAAUUGGCUGAGCUGGGUAUUUGCUUGGUUGGAUACUGGGAAGCGGCGGUAUGCUGUGUACUCACUUGUGUACUUGGCUCCUUACUUGAGGUCAAAUUUGUCUCUGUCGCCUGAGGAUAGCUGGCUGCCUAUUGCUAGCAUCGUCUUCUGCAUUGUUCACAUCCAGCUAGAAGCUAGCAUAAAAAAUGGAGAUUUUCAAGGCUUUCAAUUAUUCCGUGAGAUAUCAAAGAAGCUUUCAUCAGUCCAUAGAGAGGCAGAAAGUCAUCUGAAGGGCCAUGAUCCAAAAAAGGAGAGAAACAAAGACUACAUGAACUUGCCCCCUGCCGAGGAACGGUCCAGGAAUGAGGUUCAGGGAUGGAGAAUUCCUCAAAAGCCCAUACAGGAUGCAGAUCGCUUGAAUGAAAAUGCAGAUACCGACGAUGGUAGGAAUCAGUAGAAGGUAUAUUACAAGUCGAGGCUUGCAGUUGCUGCAGUACUUGGAUUUUGUUGUGGGGUGCAAAUGAAAAUCCUAAGGUCUUCAAAGUGCGUCAGAUUCUCAUAUUUGGCUUAUUAUAACUGUGGAAAAGGGUGUAGAAAACUACUUUGACUAGAGAGAUAUUUGGAAUUGAGGAGAAUGCUAGGAAUGCAGAAUUACGAGGCCAUGUUAGUGAAGGAAAGUUUUGGGUUAUCCUGAACUGUUGCAAGAUGUAGCUGUCUGUUUGUUAUAUGGAACCCUUCUUGUUUCCAUACAUCUGAAUUUGAAUAUUGAGCUAAUGGGCUGCCAUAUCUACCUUACUGAA